CUCGUGUGGGUUCGCGAGAGGCGUUCCUCCUGCCUGCCUUUGACUUGCCGCGGGAGGAGGUCUUGUGUUAGACAGAUGGCCAUGAAUGACCUGCUGCUGAGCGGGCUGUCCCUCCCGCACGCGCAGCCUCAGCAGAAACAGCCCAAGGAGGCGCAGUGCUAUAUCUGCGGACACAAGUUCCGCUGGGACUGGCUCUUGCGGCGGCACAUGCGGACGCACACGGGGGAAAAGCCCUUUUCGUGCCCUUACUGCCAGUACCGCGCGAACAGGAAGGAGAUGAUCCGCAGCCACAUCUUCCACCGCCACCUAAAGCCGCAACUCUUGAGAACCCCGAGCCCUGAGAGCUCCCAGGUGCUGAGAGUUCCGGCGCCGAAUAGGAAAGAAGGCACUGAAGUCGAUGUCGCUGCUGCUCGCCUACCAAAGCUGAUCAGUCCGGGAAGAAAGGUGGCGUUCGAAGUAGAUUUUGAUCCCAGAGUGCGAAUAAGGGAGCAGGUGAAUCGGGUCUGGGAAAUGGUGAUGAAACAGGCGGUGAUGACUGUAAUGGGCGCGCUGGGGACCCCGAGCAACUGCCAAGGCAAAAGCACGACCUGCAGCAUCUGCGGCCACGCGUUCAAAUGGCCUUACCUGCUGGUGCGCCAUCAGCGGACGCACACCGGGGAGAAGCCCUUCCUGUGCCCCCACUGCCCCUACCGCGGCACCCGGCGCGAGUACCUCAACCGACACAUCCUCACGGACCACCCGGGGUUCCCGACGCAGCACCUGCACCAGUGCUGA